GCAGAACCUCCCGUAGUCAGGCGUUGAGUUUCUCAAUGUAAGUCCCUCCCCAUUGCUCCGGGCAGGAGAUACGCGCGAGCUAAGAAAGCGACCUUGCAAGGGGACCCUCCUCGAGAGAGACACGGAGCAAGCGACGAAGCAGAGCCGACGUUAUCCUCUUGCCCCCGAUCUACCAACAACUUGGAGCGAUGUCUGGAAAGGGUAACAGCGGUACGGUGGUGCUCGCCUACAGCGGAGGGCUGGACACGUCCUGCAUCCUGGUGUGGCUCAAAGAGCAAGGCUACGAGGUCAUCGCCUUCCUGGCCAACAUUGGGCAGGAUGAGGACUUUGAAGCGGCCAAGAAGAAAGCGGAGAGCUUGGGCGCCAGCAAGGUGUUCGUGGAGGACGUGCGGGAGGAGUUUGUGCGCGAGUUCGUGUGGCCCGCGGUGUGCGCCAACGCCCGCUACGAGUCACGCUACCUGCUGGGCACGGCGCUGGCGAGGCCCUGCAUCGCUCGGCGCCAGGUGCAGAUCGCGCGCCGCGAGGGCGCCGCGUACGUCUCGCACGGGGCUACCGGCAAGGGAAACGAUCAAGUCCGGUUCGAGCUCACCUGCUACGCACUCUACCCAGGGGUCAAGAUCAUCGCGCCAUGGCGUCUUCCCGAAUUUUUCAACCGGUUCCAAGGCCGCAACGACCUCUUUGCGUACGCAAAGGAAAAUGGAAUCCCUCUGCCGGUCACUCCUAAGAGCCCCUGGAGCAUGGAUGCGAACCUCAUGCACAUCAGCUACGAGUCGGGAAUCCUGGAGAAUCCCAAGGUGGCUGCCCCUCCGGACAUGUACCUGAUGACUCAGGACCCCAUCAAGGCUCCUGACUCACCGGACGUGUUGGAGAUUGAGUUUAAGAAAGGGGUCCCGGUCCGUGUGUGUAACGAGACAGACGGGGUGGCUCACGACUCCGCUCUUGCCAUCUUCACUUAUCUCAACGAGAUCGGGGGGAAGCACGGAGUGGGGCGCAUCGACAUCGUGGAAAACCGAUUCAUCGGCAUGAAAUCCCGAGGCAUCUACGAGACCCCUGCCGGCACCGUGCUUCUCGCCGCCCACUUGGACAUCGAGGCCUUCACCAUGGACCGCGAGCUCCGCAAGAUCAAGGAAGGCCUCGCCCUCAACUUCUCCGAGCAAGUCUACAACGGCUUCUGGUUCAGCCCCGAGUGCGAGUUUGUGCGCGAGUCCAUCUCUCGCUCCCAGGACAACGUGGAGGGCUGGGUGCGUCUCUCUGUGUCCAAGGGCCACGUGUACGUGCUGGGUCGCCACUCGCCGCUGUCCCUCUACAACGAGCAGCUCGUAAGCAUGAACGUCCAGGGAGACUAUGACCCUGUAGAUGCCGCGGGGUUCAUCAAGAUCAACUCGCUCCGGCUUCAAGAAUACCGUCGGCUGCGCACCAAGUUGGAAUCGCAGCCGCCGAGCGUGUGAUAGGUUUCUUCGAGUUUGUGCCAAGGCCCCAGCGUUUGAUGCCCUCGGCCCAAUGUUUUUGACUCUCGCAAGCCAACGUUUUAACUCCCACACACUGCACUGCUGCCCAGGGCACAGUCAGAAAGAGUACGAGGGGGGGGACCCAUUUCAUUCCUUGCACCAGUACCCAUGCCAAUCACGCCAACCACGCUAGGCCAACCUAGUUGGCGCAGUCUAUUGAUGAAUGUUUAAAUUGAAUGCGGGAGGAAAGCGUAGCACCCGUAGAAAACCCAUCGUUCGUUCGAGGGGGUAACGCUCAAAGCUUUCGCAAGCAUCGAUUCAAGAUUCUAUUUACAUACGCCCAUUUGCCUGGCCACCUUGUGGCCUCAGUUCUCAGGCAGUUGUCUCCCAGGCUCAAGCUUGCUUAGCUUCUGAUUUUACAAGAAAAAUAUUUUAUUGUUAAAAAUGUAUGCUUUGUAGAAUAAUUCUCUGAUUCCCGGUACAAAAUAAUUGAUCCAGCAACACUUUCAGGGCCCCGGGUUCGAGUUCCGGUCGCCACUCGGAUAACGCCGGAAUUUUAUCGCACUGUGUCGUUUUGACAGUGUUUUGUUCAUUCACGUAAGCGGUGAACGCACAAUAAAAUUAACAAGUUGGGAGAAAAAAAAGACCAUGCGUCGUAGGCAUGGGUGAUGUAAUGCUUUGUCACGUGCCUUUCUCUUCGGACGUAUGUAAUCAGCUGCAA